ACGCACCGCACACCGCACCGUCUACAAUAGUAUUACAUGCCCAACUAUUAUAUUAUAAUACAGACCGCGACCGCAUUUUUUUCACAUAUAAUUUACCAGAGAUACCAAUAUUAUAAUAGUAAUAUAUAUAUAUAUUUAAUACACCUACGUAGUACCAGUAGUAGUGCAAUUUUUUUUUGUAUAUAUAAGUACGCUCGCGAGUGAAUCAUUCGCUGUAUUAUACGUACGCAUCACGCUCGCACAGAGUCGCGUCACUGCACGGCUUACGGUUUUUUUAUUUUUAAUAUUAUUAUAAUACAGCAUAAUUUAGGUACACGUCACGUGUACAGAUAAAUCUCUGUGUAUACACAUAUAUAUAUAUACGUAUAAACGAACACAUAACGUUUAGAGUAAAUAUUUUAUUUCGCGAGUGCGGUCUGUAUUAUUUAUACAGUAUAAAGCUCGGGUUUCGGAGACUCGUAUAGAUCACAUCGUAUUUUGCAGUGCACCGCUAUCGAUCCACUCGCACCGGAACGGUGUGAUUUUCGAUGGGAUUUCGCAAUCCGUACGUGUCGAUACUGUCGGUCGAUUACAAGUUGCGCGCCAAAUUGAUACCACUGAGGUCUUGAUAAUAUAUAUACAUUGUAUAUAUUAUACAUAUCGUAUAGCAGCUACAUUCCAAUUCACGAGUAAAAACAAAAAUUCAUAAGCUCCGUCGACGACUCUCGAACCGUGUCGAGUCAUCGUGAUUGAAUAUUAUACGCAUAAGACAUAAACGAAGACAGAGACAACACAUUUCGAAAAUGGCUUGGAUCAAACGCGGUCGCGGAGAUAAAGCUAUGCAGCAGAUGACGUUCACGAUUGACAUGCCCAUCAGCGAGGACCAGGUGGCCGAGCUGUACGGUGAAGGCGCACGGAUCCACAGCGUACACCACAGGUCCAAGCCGGAGCAGUCCGUGUUCGCGUCCACAAUGUCGUCCAACGCCUCGGUGGACACGACGGUGGGCUCGACCGCGGCGCUCAUACACAGCCACGCGGCCAAAGUCAAGAAGAAGAAGUACGCAUUCCUCAGGCAGGGCCACGGCGGCAACGCCCAACAGUCGGCUUCGGCCGCUUCCAACAACGGUUACUUGACCGGCCGCCACUGCCGGGACGCCGCCAUACACAGCCAAAAGGAGCUGAACAUCCGGUUGGCCACGCCCACCGUGCCAAACUUUAUCGAUCAGAUUCUCAAGAAGAAACAGGCCACCGAACAGGUGUCCGCGAAGCGUCUGAGCAGCGACGACGACGACGACGACUGUGACGACGACCGGGACGACGACGAAGACGACGUAUUCCUGCAGGACCUCAAGUCCGCCGCAAAAAUCCGGACGCCGCAGAACACAUACGUCCCACAGAUCCUUGCUUCGUUAACAGUAUCAUUAUGCUCAAUGGUAGUUGGAUUCGCGUCCGCUUACACGUCACCCGCCUUACCGUCGAUGAACAGACCAGGCAGUCCGCUGUCCGUAACCGAGGAAGAAGGUUCAUGGAUUGGCAGUCUCAUGCCGCUAGCAGCACUCAUCGGUGGCAUGGCUGGCGGACCCCUUAUCGAGUCCAUUGGUAGAAAAACCACUAUACUCGCUACCGGAAUACCUUUUAUUAUUUCCUUUAUUCUGAUAGCGAUGGCUGUUAACGUGCAAAUGGUAAUGGCUGGUCGUGCUAUAGCUGGAUUCUGUGUAGGAGUGGCUUCAUUAGGUCUUCCUGUAUACUUAGGAGAAACUGUACAACCUCAAGUCAGAGGGACAUUGGGUCUUUUGCCUACCACACUCGGCAACAGUGGAAUUUUGUUAUGUUUUAUUGCUGGCAAAUACCUUAACUGGCAGAUGCUAGCUAUCCUCGGUGCUUGUAUCCCUAUACCGUUCUUGGUGUGCAUGUUCCUCAUCCCCGAAACUCCGCAAUGGUACAUAAGCAGAAACAAAAGCAAGAAAGCGAAAAAAGCUCUUCAGUGGCUGCGGGGAAAGGAUGCGGACGUAACGCAAGAAUUCAGUGAGAUCGAAAAAGCUAAUCACAUGGGCAAAAACGAAGAAAUGCCCGGAUAUCUAAGCUUAUUCUCCAAGAUGUACUCAAAACCCUUGCUUAUAUCUAUGGGACUCAUGUUGUUCCAACAGCUCAGCGGAAUCAAUGCAGUCAUUUUUUACACCGUCAAAAUUUUUAAGGAAGCAGGAAGCACCAUUGACGAAAACUUAUGCACCAUCAUCGUAGGUAUCGUCAAUUUCUUGUCCACUUUCAUAGCAACUGGUCUCAUCGACAAGCUUGGUCGCAAGAUCUUGUUGUAUGCGUCCAGUACUACGAUGGCCGUUACACUAAUCACUCUCGGAACGUUCUUCAACUACAAAAACAAUGGUUACGACGUGUCUCAGUACGGAUGGUUGCCUUUAGUCAGUUUUGUAUUUUUCAUCAUCGGAUUUGCUAUCGGCUUUGGGCCAAUUCCGUGGCUGAUGAUGGGUGAAAUUUUGCCAGCCAAAAUCCGGGGCACGGCUGCUUCAUUGGCGACAGCUUUCAACUGGGCCUGCACAUUCUUAGUUACCAAGACGUUCGCCGAUUUAUUGCGAGUCUUCGGCACAGACGGCACCUUUUGGAUGUUUGGAGGCAUCUGUCUGAUGGGCCUGAUAUUCAUCAUAUUCUGCGUGCCCGAGACUCAGGGUAAGAGCCUAGAGGACAUCGAACGAAACUUGACCGGCGUAGGCAAAGGUCCAGUCAGGCAAGUGAGGAGGAUGAGCUCGAUAGCGCAUCUAAAACCACUUCCGAUGGCCAUUUAAACGACAGAAAAAAUAAUAACAUUUUAUUAUGUAUUAACUAUGUAAGAAAAUCGGCGUAUAUAUAUAUACAUAUAUAUAUAUUAUAAUAAUAAUAUUAUACAUCAAUUUUUCUUCGGAACAUUUUCGGAAAUUACAAAAUAUAAAAUCCGCAAGCUUAUUUUCAUGCGCGUGCCUCUUUUAAUAUUUUACAAUAAAAAUUAAAUUUUUAUCAUUUUAACUUUUUAAUUUUAUAAUAUGUAAAUGUGCAUAGACCAUUUUAAAAACGCAUUAGACUGCACUGUUCUAAAGUGUUAUUAUAUAAUGGUGCUAAAAUAUUUCAGACAAUAAUUAAAAAAUAAAAAUGACUUUUUUUUAAAUUUAUAUAAUAUUAACUAUAUAUAUACAUAAACAUAAAAAAUAUGAUAACAAAAAUAAUAUCGACGAAGGCCGUCUUAUUGCGUUUCCACAUUCCGGAGAGUAGGUGAAGUUCCAAUUUUUUUAUAUUAAAUUAUUAUUAUUAUUAUUAUUAUUAUUAUUCGUGCUGUGAUAGUGACAGAGCAUCCCCUCCCUCCUACCGUUGUAUGAUAAUGUUUACACCGUGAUACACGUUUAUAACAUUAUAUUUAUCUAUAGAUCAAAUACCGAUUUUUACGAACGGGUAAAUAAACCUUCUCAUAAACCCUUCGAGUUUUUUUUUAUUCGACUUAAGAAUUUAAUAGUAUGAUACGUAUAUAAUAAAUAUAUAUAUGUGUAUAUGUAUAUAUACAUAUAUAUUAUAUAAUUAUAGUUGGGCACUCGUUAUUGUACUUACAAUUUAAUUCAUUAUUACACUAUAAUACUAUAUAUACCUACCUUUAAUAUAAUAUGUCGAUACGCUUAAGCCACAUUUUUAUAUAGGGGGAGGCCUUCAAGUCCGUGAAGGUGUGUGUGUGUGUGUGUGUGUUUAGAUUAACGUUUUUAAUAUUAUUAUUAUUAUUAUGUAGGUGUAAAAUACGUAAUUGUAACACUAUGUAUACCGUUUAAUAGAUCGGUGAACAAACGACGUUUCUAAGUGUUUUUUUAAACGAUUUUUACUUUACAGUAUACUUGGUACCUAUAUUUUUUUCGUUUUUCCAAUUCGUUAUAGUUAAAACCACAUAUAUGAUUCUAUUUACAUAUUGUGUAAUAUAACGGAUCGCGAAACCGGAAAGUAAAUAAUUAUUAUAAAAUUGUGCAUCGAGUUAUAGCUAAAUUUAAAAUACAGUAUAACUGCGACGAAAAGACGACUUUUUUACGAAUAUCAAAAAAAAAAAAAUAGUCAUUCAUUCGCAAAAAGCUACCCAAUCGUGAGUAUGUACAACAUAAUAUGAUCGAUAUUCGAAAAACCGAUAUACAUAUAUAUAUAUAUUGUAUAUAUGCACGCCUACAAUGUGGGGUAGGUUAUUACAAGUUUAUUAUCGAUACAAUUUUUAUAACGACUAGACUGUUAUUGAUUUUUUUUUUUUUAUCAAUGUUUUACUGUGAUUUAAUAUUAUUAUGUUAUAUAAUAAUAUUAAUAUUGAAAAGCCUCGCGUAAAAAUCGUUUUUUACCAAGUAAAUAUAUUAUUAACACAAAUACUUACUGAAGUCGACUUUAAAAUCAUCGUCGUUUUUUUUCCAAUCAGGCGGGCAAACUUUGUGAUUUUAUUAUUAUUAUAUAUAUAUAUAUAUUUUUUUUUUUUUUUUGUAUUAAAUUUAGUUACCAAUAUAUUAAACUAUGAGAUUUUUUUCUUUUGUUAGGACAUUAUUAUUUAUUAGAACAAUAUAUUAUAGAUUCUUGGAUGACAUGUUAUUUAUUUCUAGAUUUAUUUAAAUUAUAAUAUAGAUUUAUCAUUGUGUUUUGAGCUCAAAUCACUCAUAAAAAAAAAAAAAAAAAAAAAAUGUAGUACAUAUUAUAUAUUUAUAUUGUCAAUUAAAAGAAUAAAAUAAAAGCAAUAGAUAUUAUUACUACCAGCCGUAAACCUAAAGUUAAUGAAUUAACAACACAUUCCAUAUUUUACAAAAUUAUUUAGUAGUGUAUCAAAAAAUGUAUGAAAUAUGAUUUUAUUUUAUUUUUAUUUUUUUUUUAAUUUGACGUAUAUUAUUUCUGUUUUAAAGAAAAAACAAAACAUUUUUGUGGCUUAAGUACGUUUGUCGAAGAUGCGUUAAUUCAUAAUUAUAAUAUAUUUAUUAUUUAAUAUACAUUUUUAGAGACUUAAACUUUUUUUAUGAAACGAACAUACGAUAAAAUAUUAUUUUAUUUAUUUUUGUAUUACAAAAUUAUUUGAAUGUUUAGUGUUUGAACAUUGUUUAAUUUAUGUGUACAAAUAAACAUUAUUUGUUAAAAAUA